AUGGAUAGUGACAAAGCUAGCAUAACAUCCAGUGAAAUAAACUGUACUCCAACGAGCGUAACUUGCCUGUUUCAAAUCAAUUUACUUGUUAUCAUCUCACAGUUGUUUCAGCAUCAUAUAAACAACCAGACUGCUAAACAAAUAAUGAUAAAGGAGAUAUUUUCAGUACUUAUAAUUAUUAUUUGCCUUGCAAGGUUCUUCAGGGCAUAUUCUGCCAGCCGAAUCAAAUGCAAACUGAGAGAGCUCUACAAAAGGCAAAAGCUAAAAAGGUCUAUCAUAAAGAGAAAUGAAAUCAUAGAUUCGCUAAAGAAGAAGACCUUCGAUGUACUGAUAAUUGGUGGUGGGUGUGUUGGAACAGGAUGUGCACUUGAUGCAGCAACAAGAGGACUAAAGGUUGGAUUGAUUGAGGCGCUGGACUUUGGAUCAGAAACAAGUUCCAAAAGUACAAAGCUGUUACAUGGUGGAUUAGAUAUCUACAAAAGGUAUUUAGCUGUUUUAAUAUAUCACAGCUACUACUGGUUUUGA